ACCCGCGUCAACCCUCCAGUCUUGGCAUUUCCACUCCCUCCUCCCCUCUUCCACCAUGCCGGCGCCGUCGCCGUCGCCACCCGCCAGCCUGGCCGUCCCGGCCACCGUCCUCCUCCUCCUCUCUCUCCUCGUCGCGACCACCUCCGCGGCCAACUUCACCUGCGCCGCGCCGCCGGGCACUACCUGCCAGUCCGCCAUCGGCUACCGCGUCCGCAACGCCACCACCUACGGCGCGCUCGCCUCCCGCUUCAACACCACCAACCUCGCCGGCCUCCUCGGCGCGAACAACCUAGCGCUCACCACCCCGCCCUCCUCCCGCAUCCCCGCCAACGCCACCGUCAGCAUCCCCUUCCGCUGCCUCUGCGCCGGCAACGGCGUCGGCCAGUCGGACCACCUGCCCAUCUACACCGUCCAGCCGCAGGACGGGCUCGACGCCAUCGCCCGCAACGUCUUCGACGCCUUCGUCACCUACCAGGAGAUCGCCACCGCCAACAAGAUCCCCGACGUCGACAAGAUCAACGUCGGCCAGCAGCUCUGGAUCCCGCUGCCCUGCAGCUGCGACCAGGUGGGCGGCGCCGACGUGAUGCACUUCGCCCAUAUCGUCGCCGGCGGGGAGACCACCUCCGGGAUCGCCGCCACGUUCGGGGUGACGGAGUCCACCCUGCUGAAAAUCAAUAACAUCGCCGACCCCAAGUCCCUUCUCAAGGACCAGAUUCUUGAUGUCCCGCUCCCUGUUUGCAGUUCAUCGAUCAGCAGCACCUCAGCUGAUCACGAUCUGCGCGUCCCGAAUGGCACUUACGCGCUCACGGCACAGGAGUGCAUCAAGUGCAGCUGCAGCUCAAACACAUUCCAGCUAAAUUGCACCGCCGUGCAGGGCAAGAAGGAGUGCCCAGCAGUGCCGUCGUGCAGCGGAGGGCUGAAGCUUGGGGAGACGAGCGGCGCUGGUUGCGGAUCCACGAUGUGCAGUUACAGUGGUUAUUUGAACAGCUCAUCACUCAGCAUACAGACCACAACUGUCAGCAACCAGACAAAAUCAUGCCAAAGUAGUGCAGGAUCUGAUGGGUCGCGGUUCGCGGGAUCCAUGUGGAGGGUGUCUGCUAUCUCAUUCCACAUGGUGCUGAUCAUGAUCUGUUUCCUUUGAUACUGAAGACGACAACUCUAGAUACAUAUAUAUCUUUUAAAAAACUCACAGUAUGCCAAUUUGUCGAUUGUUGUGAUUGUUGUUGUAACUUAAAAUGCCGGCUUACUAGCUUUUCAUUUUAAUCAUUCUUCUAGAAAAUAAGUGGUACUACUUAGUGUAGCUGUCUGAAUAAAGCAAUCAUGCACGUAUGUGUUAUCUGGAAAUGAGUACUGAAUAGUACUUAAACAGCUUUGGGAGUUGUUCUGUUA